AUGUACACUCCUACGGCUUCGCUGCUCGUAGGGCUCGCUGCUCUGAAAGGCGCUAGUGCCUGGGGAACACUGGGGCAUGCGACAAUCGCGUACAUUGCUCAGAACUACCUGACCGAUGCUACAGAAGCUUGGGCUAAGAAGGUUCUCUCGGACACGUCUACGUCCUACCUAGCAAAUGUUGCCUCGUGGGCGGAUACAUAUCGUACUACCGCGGCGGGAAAAUUCAGCGCCCCUUACCAUUACAUCGAUGCGAAUGAUAGUCCUCCAACUACCUGCAACGUCAACUAUGCUCGCGACUGUACCAGCUCGGGAUGCUCAAUCUCCGCGAUUUCAAACUACACCCAGCGUGUCGCGGACGCAAGACUGUCUGCGGCUAACACGGCCGAGGCGCUCAAAUUUUUGGUCCAUCUGCUCGGCGACAUCACCCAACCUCUUCACGACGAGGCUCUUGACACCGGUGGUAACGACAUCAAAGUCACAUUCGACGGCUACACCAGCGACAACCUCCACUCCGACUGGGACACCUACAUCCCGCAGAAGAAAGUCGGCGGCAGCUCCCUCGCCGACGCGCAAUCCUGGGCCACAACCCUCAUCGCCUCCAUCGACUCGGGCUCCUACAAGUCCCUCGCCAGCUCCUGGGUCGCCAAGUCCAACGUCAACGACGCCGUGACCUCCGCUACGGCCUGGGCCACCGACGCCAACGCCCUCGUCUGCUCCGUCGUCAUGCCCGACGGCGUGGCGGCCCUCCAGAAAGGCGACCUGUAUCCGACAUACUACAACAAGGUCAUCCCUACCGUAGAGCUUCAGAUCGCAAAGGGUGGGUAUAGGCUCGCGGAUUGGCUGAACAAGAUUUACAGUGCGAACAUUGCGAAGAGGGAUCUGGAAGGGUACUCGGAGGAGCUGGUGAGUCGGAUGGCCGAGGCGGCGCCGCUGCCGCCGGCGAACAGGCCGAGUAAGGCGCAGUUGGCGAGGGAGGCGUACGGGGGUGGCUGCGGGUGUGACAGGCAUGAAAAGCAUUGA